AUGACUGCCAUCCGGCUACGAGAGUUUGUUGACCGCCGCCCAUUGAUCCCACCCAGGAUAUUCAUUGCCCAUCAAGGAAAGGACGUCCACGGCUAUUACACUGGGCAGCUGGCCAGAGUCCAUUUUGAUUCUAGUGUCAAGCGAUCUCCCAGAUUGGGACAAGAAAUUAGCCACAGUUUCAUCGAAUCCUAGACCGAUCAACUCACUGCCUGAGUUCUACUGUCGUGAAGAGAGGUGGCGUUGAAAUAAAAGCUUUCAAACUAAAUAACUACGGUGUUUGAACAGAACAAUGUUUGGCAUUCUUAGGUGACUCUUUUAGACUAAAAUAAUGAUAACAGAACUAUUUUUAAUUUAAGUGUGUAUCCAGAUGGCUACAACCCUAAAAUAUUUACAUGUUGUGAAUUCUUUUCAGAUUAAGUUGGUCAGCCUAGGGCAAGGAAUCCAGACGCAGCCUUACGAGGACUUGUUAUCUGUUCUCAGCCCCUCUACAAGUCUUGCUGCUGGUGCUGGUAAACAAUCCUACAUUUAUUUAGUCCAAUGGUUAUACGUGGGACCAGGUAAAAAUACCAUUUCAUCUACUCGAUAACUGCAUCACUGGAGAAAAAAAUAAACCUGGGGAUGUGGCCAAGGAGGAAGAAGACCCUGAAGGUGCUCUGGCUGCAGAAACCCAGACAUGGCAUAGGACUGUAGUGAGAUGUGAGAC